AUGGGGCCUUUUGCCAAAGCAUCGUCCUCCCAUGACUGCGCCUGCUGGACCCGCCCCCUCGGCACCCUCCUGAUCGCCGCGGCGCUGGUCGCAGCGGGGGCGGAGCGCGUAGGUGCCAGGGGCAGCCCCGCAGCUGCUGGCGACCUGCGCGACGCCCCCCCGGAGGAGCUCGCAGGCGCUGCCACAGAGGGCGUGAGCUUGCUGCAGACGCCUGGGGCACUGCUGGAGAAGGGGCUGCCGGACGACGGGGGCACUCCCCACCUCAUCAACCUCCGCCGCGAGUCGGUGCCCAUCUAUCGUCGUGGCAAGGUGGCCUCGUUCAAGACCUCAUACUCCGGGGUCCUGCACGUGGGCAACCCUCCCCAAGACUUCCGAGUGGUGUUCGACACGGGGUCCGCCCACGUGGUGCUGCCAGCCGCAGAGUGCAGAAGCGAGUCGUGCCUGGUCCACCGGCGCUACAACAUGAGCGCUUCCAGCACCUCGCUGCCCAUCAACACGGACGGCUCCGUGGUCCCGGCCGGGGAUCUGUGCGACCAGGUCACCAUCGGCUUCGGCACAGGGGAGAUCACCGGCGAGUUCGUCAAGGACACCGUCUGCUUCAACCUGCCGGACGACUACGUGGCGAAGGCCCACGCCGAGGCCGCGGCGAAGGCCUCGGCUCGGGCCGACGCGGCGGCCGCGGCCGAGGCCGCCAAGGCCCAGCGCCAGCCCCACGCCGAGGCCCAGCGCCAGGGCCAGGGCCAGGGCGGAGCGGGCUCCGAGGCGGAGGGCGCCGAGGCGGCCGCCGAGGGAGGCGCUGCCCCCGAGGCGUCAGCGGGCGACCCGAUCGUCCUGAGUCAGACGGACGCCGUGCUGAACGAGUCCGCGGCGCGCGCGGCGGCGGAGGCCCCCGCGGGCGCGGGCGCGGGCGCCGACGCCGCCGAGGGCGGCGCGGGCGGCCACGAGGAGCCCGCGCACGGGGGCGCGAGGAGCGCGGCCGAGGCGGCGGCGCUCGCGGCCCGCGCGGAGGUCGGGCACCCGCCGGGCGCGCUGUGCGUGGACAUGCACGUGGUGCUCGCGGUGGAGAUGUCCACGCAGCCGUUCAAGUCCUUCCUCUUCGACGGCAUCCUCGGGCUGAGCCUGGACGGGCUCGCGCUCAGCGACAAGUUCAGCGCCGUGGACAUCCUCAUGGGCGAGAGGAAGGUCGGGCGCCCACACUUUGGUGUCUUCCUGACCGAGGGUGAGGACGGCGAGGACAACGAGAUCGCAAUGGGCGGGCACAACCCGAACCGCGUGCUCGAGCCGCUGACAUGGUCGCCGGUCGUGAUGGCCGACAUGGGGUACUGGUUGGUGAAGAUCGUCGCCGUCCGCAUCAACGGCCAGGAGCUAGACGUGUGCAGGGAUGGUACCUGCCGCGGUGUGGUGGACACCGGUACCUCGCACCUGGGCGUCCCUGCGCCCUACGACGCGGAGGUGGCCGACCUGCUGACCGUCCCGGCGGGGCAGCUGAAGGAUUGUCGCCUCGCAGAGUCGCCAGCGAUUGAGAUCGAGGUUGAAGGCUACAACCUGACGCUGCAUUCUUUCAACUACAUGCGACGGCUCCCGCUCCGCGAGGGCGUGACGGUCGGCUCCAAGCAGGGCGUAUACAUCCCCUCGAACGAGACGAAUGCGACCCUGGAGCACCGAUCCUCCGCGGACGCCGUGCCCCUCCAGGCAAACGCGACUGCCAAUGGGAGCCAGGACGUCAACGUGAGCGCCAGCGCCAACGCGACUGCUGACGCCUCAGCCAACGCCUCAGCCAACCGGACCGCAGAGGAAGAGGCGGAGGUGCGGCGCUACUGCCGGCCGCGCCUCAUGCCCGUGCGGCUGCCAGCGCCCCUCGGCCCCAAGCUGUUCAUCCUCGGGGAGCCCGUGCUGCAUCGCUACUACACGGUGUUCGACUGGGGGCAGCCUCGGGUCGCAUUCGGGCUCGCCAACAACCGCCGCAACACCAUGACGGCCGAGGAGCUGGCGGCCCUGCGCAAGGACGGGGGCGUGCUGCCGAAGGAGGUGGACAUGCUGCUGAUGCAGACGACCACCGCGCGCGGCAGGCGGUCCCCUGCCAGGCUCUGA